UCACCGCGGGCCCCGCGCGGGGCUCCCGUCCCGGUCCCCGCCGCAUCCCCGCCACCGGGCGGUCACCGCGCCCCGCUGCCCCCGCUGCGGGGGUCCCUCCGCGGUUUGGGUCCAGAGGGCGCCCGGGCCGGGCCGGGGGGGGGAGGGAACGGGCACGGAGCUGCCGCCGCCCGCUCGGGGCUCCCGCCGUGGCUCGGGGAUGCUCGGGGCCGGCGGGGCCGUGGGCGCGUUCGCGCUGCUGCUGCCGCUGCUGCUGCCCCGGGCCGCCCGCGGGGCCGCGGUGUGCGGGCUCUGCCCGGGGCCGCCGCGGAACGGCUCCAUCGUGGCCCGGUUCUGUGAGUCCCGGCACGACACCGAGAGCGACGGGCGCUGCUGCCGGCAGCGGGGCCCGACCCCAGGGCAGCUUCUGGGGCUGGACCUGAGCAACUGCUCCCUGCACAGUGUUCCCCCGGGACUGGCCGAGGCCACCACUGCCAUGGUCCUGGACUUGACUGAGAACCCGCUGACAGCUCUCCCCAGUGGUUCCUUCCUGGGCUUCAUCCACCUGCAGAGCCUCGCGGUGCCGCUGACGCUGCAGUGCCCAGGCGGGAGGGACGCCUGGCAGAAUGUGACGGUGGACAGGAGCAGCCGGCUGUGCCAGGGACAGAGGAACCCCUGCAACAGCUCUGUGGAACUCGCCUGGCCAUGUCCUGAAAACUCAGUGUGUGCCCCUGACGGCCCCGGCCUCAUCCAGUGCCUCUGUGACAGUCCCUUCCAUGGCUACAAGUGCCUGCGUGAGGGCCCGUUCCCGAUGCUUCUCUUUGGAGGAAUCCUGGGCACUGUCACCGUGUCCCUGUCCCUGCUGCUGUGGCGCACCCAGCGGAGGAAGGCCAAGACCCCCUGAGCAGGGCAGGGGGCUGUGCCUGGGCUGGAAGCUCUGUGGCCAGGGAGGCUCUCAGGAUCAAUAAAGCUGCAGGUCCUCA